UUUUUUCUUCUUCUGACGCUGUUUGAGAAGCUACGUUAGCAUGCUAGCGGCUAGCGCGGGUGUUAGCGGACGGUUGAGUUGCCGUGAAGUUGUGAAGCUGAUGGAGCAGAAGUUGUUUUAACGUCGUUUCGGUGAAGUUACCGGUCGUAAAGACGCGGAGCAGCGGGGUUUGGUGUCGUCGCUGAGGGGAUAAAGUGAGUUUCGAAGCUGUCGCAGCAGACUGAUCCAGAAGGACAGACAGAGGCAGAGGGACGACGAUGUUUGAAAAUGUCCCGACAGUGUCGUCGGUGGAGCGUCAGCAGGUCCUGGGGGCUCUGGACCGUCUGCACUCCAAACUGGUCCAGAGGGAGGAGUGGACCCACAGCGACACCCUGGGGAACCUGAGGGACACCCUGCAGAGUCCUCUGUUCAGCCACAUCCUGACCCUGCAGCACUCCAUCAAGCAGCUGCGAAACCAGCUGAGCAGUAUGCCUCCAGACUCCUGCAGCGAGUUCAGUUUCUCCAAAAAGGGUCAGCUGAUCAUGAGCGCCGUCGAUCGCGCUGGCAGCUCGGCCCCGCCCACCCUGUCUGCCUCCUCCUCCGUCCUGACCAAUGGCUCGUCUCCGCCCGUCCACCAGACUCCGCCCCCGUCUGACCUCCUCCAGAAGUGGAUCCUCACCACUGCCAAGGGCCGUCAGACGGAGCUGGUCAGUCUGACCCGGCCUCUCUCCGGAGGUCUGGGCUUCAGUGUGGUUGGUCUGAAUCCUGCAGGAAGCAGCAGUCAGGGAGUCUUCGUCAAACACAUCCAACCUGGAGGCAUCGCACACAGGGAUGGGCGUCUCCAGGAGCGGGACCAAAUCCUGGUGAUAAACGGCAGCCCUCUGGAGACGGGGAUCAGCCAGCAGCAGGCCCUGACCCUGCUGCAGCAGCCCGGGGAGACGGUGGAACUGGUGGUGGCCAGGGAGCGCCCGCCCAACGCAUCGUCACCCACCGCGCCCAUCAACACGGAUCAGUGGGGUCAUGUUGAAGAGAUCGAGCUGGUGAACGAUGGAUCGGGUCUGGGCUUCGGGAUCGUCGGGGGGAAGACGACCGGGGUGGUCGUCAGGACGCUCAUCCCAAACAGCGUGGCUGAUAAGGACGGCCGUCUCCGCACAGGUGACCACAUCCUUCGCAUCGGGCCGACGCCCACCAGCGGCCUCACCAGCGACCAGGUGGUCAAGGUGCUGCAGGGGUGCGGGAGUCACGUGACCAUGCUGAUCGCCAGGGAUCCGCGAGGUCAGAGGUCGACGGGUCCUCCUCCCCCGCCACCUCCAGACUCCGCCCCCGUCUCCUCUUUACCCCCACGACCCCCCGAACUGCCCGUCCAGCGCCCCGUCGUGGCCCCCCAGCGCCGGCUCAGCAAGACGCCCAACCUGGAGGGAUAUGAGAUCCACGAGGUUCCUCUGACCAAGAAGGACGGCCAGAGCCUCGGCAUCUCCAUCAUCGGCUACAAUCCUCUGACCAGCCAAGAUGCAGUUGGUGUUUUUGUCAAACACGUGGUUCCGGGCAGCGCCGCAGAUCAGAGCGGAAACAUCCGAGUCCAUGACCGACUGUUGGCCUUGGACGGCGUCAGUCUUCACGGGAUGACCAAUCAGGAGGUGUUGGAGGUGAUGAAGCAGACGGGUCAGACUGUGGUUCUCACUGUGGUCAGGAAGAAACCCAGAGCCCUGGAGAGAUCCCUGGAUAAAGUGGAGAGGCAGUCGUCUCAUGUGUCACUGCGGAGGUCCCUGGACAUGAGGACUCACUCGUCUGGGUUUGGCUCCUCAACGAUGAAGCUGGAACCGAUGUACCCGAACGCAGCACAGCUGAGCAGAGCUGAGUCCACGUACUCGUACAGUUCAGACACUACAGAGGCAGAACUGAGAGCUAAAUGGGAUCAGGCUCUGGGACCACGGUACCAAGUCCUGGUGGUGAAGUUGGAUCCUGUCAUUGAAGAUGAUGCAGAGCUGCAGAAAUCCUCCAAACUGUUGCCCGUCCACACUCUGCGUCUCGGUGUGGAGUUGGACUCGUUCGAUGGUCACCAUUACAUCUCCUCGGUGGUCCCCGGAGGCCCCGUGGAUAAACAUGGAGUGUUGAGACCAGAGGACGAACUCCUGGAGGUGAAUGAUGUUCAGCUCUACGGUAAGUCUCGUCGAGAGGUGGUGUCGUUCCUUAAAGAAGUGCCUCCUCCGUUCACUCUGGUCUGCUGCCGACACCCGACCUCUGACCUGGAACCAGAACCAGAAUCUGAACCAGAGUCCGAGCCUGAACCAGUGUUACAACCAGGACGUGGACCGGCAAGACCACGAGACCUCCAGCCCAGUGUGGAGGAGAUCGAGUUGAAGCUGUCGUCGAUGCUCGGCGGUCAGACGGUCCUGAGAGACGACAGCGGUGAGCAGCAGCAGGCAGUCAGACAGGAGCAGGUUUCUCCUGUGGAGGAGGUCCAGAAGGAGGAGAAGAUUCAGUACAGCCGUGAGGAGGAAGAAGAUGAGAAGCAGGAUGAAGACGAGGAUGAGGAUGUGGAUGAAGAUGAAGAGGAGCUGGCUCUGUGGUCUCCAGACGUUCAGGUGUUGGAGCUGCAGAAGGAGAGCGAUAAAGGCCUCGGCUUCAGCAUCCUCGACUACCAGGAUCCAUUAGAUCCCGGUCGCUGUGUGAUGGUGAUUCGUUCUCUGGUUCCUGGUGGUUCAGCUGAGCGUCACGGUGGACUCCUUCCUGGAGACCAGCUGGUUUCUGUCAACCAGACCCAGCUGGACCUGCUCACCCUGGCCCAGGCUGUGGAGGUCUUGAAGUCUGCCCCACCUGGAACAGUCCGUCUGGGUAUCCGGAAGCCUUUGGUGGUGGAGGGACCAGAGAGGAGGAGCGAGGACAGCAGCCAGGUGUCUCUCAACAACAUUCACCUGUCCGUACCGAAGGGUUUCGGUGACGGCUCCAUCUUGCCUGAAGACCUUCGACAAGGAGAGGAGGAGGAGGAGGAGCCGGAGCUGAUCCUGGAUGGAGGUCUGCCUCGCUACACCACCUCCUCUCUGACCUCUGACCCCCUGCCUGGAGAGGAGGGCAGGGAGAUGGCUGUGGACGAGGAGGUGGAGGAGGUGAAGACAGAGGAGAGAGAGGAGGAGAGGAUGAGCUCUCUCCCCAGGAAACCUCCUCCGUCGUGGGAGGAGUGGAAGCUCUCCUCCUCCAGCCGGGCCGGAGCAGAGGAGAGCGAAGACGACGACCUGCAGAGAUCAGAGAGAGAGAGCAUCGUUUCUGUAGGAAAUCUGAUCCUGGGUCUUCCAGAGUCCAGAGACAGUGAAGCAGACUCUGAACUCACUCUGACCGACACCGACACAGAGUCCAUCAGGAUGAUUGACAUGCAGCAGAGGAGGAAGAGGCGGAGCCAGGGAGGAGCCUCUCUGCCAAUCAGAGGAGGCCACAGUGAGCUCCCUGAGAGAGAGGAGGGGGAGGGAGAGGAGACUCCGGCCUUCAGUCACUGGGGACCCCCCCGCAGGGUGGAAGUGUGGGCGGAGGAGGAUCAGUCUCUGGGUCUGAGCAUCGUGGGCGGUCGUCACGUCAUCAAGCGCCUGAGGAACGGAGAGGAGCUGAAGGGAAUCUUCAUCAAACAGGUUUUACCAAACAGUCCCGCCGCCAAGACUCGGUGUCUGAAGACCGGGGACAAGAUCCUGGAGGUGUCAGGUGUCGACCUCCGAGCUGCGAGUCACGAGGAGGCGGUCAGUGCCAUUAAAUCAGCUCCGAGCCCCGUCGUCUUCAUCGUCCAGAGUCUGUCUGCGACGCCUCGGCCUGUCUCUCUCACAGCUCCCAGCUACAACAAACACAAAGCAAAGAGGACAGAGUCUCCGAAUCCAGGAGUAAACCCACCUCCUCUGAGACAGCCCCCACCUUACAGACCCCCCAGCCAACAGGAGCAUGAGCUGACCUCUGACCUGGAGCAGGCCAAAGAGCGUUGGUGUGAGCGUUAUGGAGACCUGCGGGGGGAGCUGCUGUGCGUGGAGCUGGAGAAGGAGCGACAGGGUCUGGGUCUCAGUCUGGCAGGAAACAGGGAUCGUUCCCGCCUCAGCAUCUUUGUGGUGGGACUCCAUCCGGGAGGAGCAGCCGCCCGAGACGGACGCAUCCGGGUCGGAGACGAGCUGCUGGAGAUUAACAACCAGAUCCUUUAUGGGCGGAGUCACCAGAACGCCUCAGCCAUCAUUAAGAGCGCCACCUCCAAGGUGAAACUCAUCCUGCUCAGAAAUGAUGAUGCUAUAAACCAGAUGGCCGUCCCCCCCUUCCCGACUCCCCCUCCUCCCCCCCUCCUCAGCCCUGAGUGUGUGUCUCCAGCUCCACCUGGUGCCCCCACCCCCACAGACGGACCCCGCCCCCCCAACACCCUGACGCUCCACCCGUUGUCGGACGCACCGGAUGAGAUGAACAAUGAGGCCGAACAGAACAACAGGAACAGAAACAGGAGCAGCAACAGUAACAGCGCCCCCCAGAGUCUGAGAGAGGCAGACACACUGAAAAAGAGGCUGAAAGCUGCAGAGUCUCCAGAAAAUGAGCUUCAGGCUUCGAGAGCGUCGCUGGAGCAACAGUCCUGCAGGUCACAUGGCAGCAGCUCCAGUAAACAGACGGCGGCAUCUCCACCUCUGAUCAGCCCCGACCUGCAGACCACCACCAGAGACCCAUCAUGCUGUGCGGUGGUUCCUGGUCAGGAGACGGUGUUGGAGAUCUGUAAAGGUCGAUCAGGUCUGGGACUCAGCAUCGUGGGAGGAAGAGACACACAGCUGGAUGCCAUAGUGAUCCAUGAGGUUUAUGAGGAGGGAGCUGCAGCCAGAGACGGACGACUGUGGGCUGGAGACCAGAUCCUGGAGGUAAACGGCGUGGAUCUCCGUGGAGCGUCCCAUGAGGAGGCAAUCGCCGCCCUGCGUCAGACACCGGCAAAGGUCCGUCUGACGGUGCUGAGGGAUGAGGCCCAGUACAGGGACGAGGAGAACCUGGACCUGUUUAAGGUGGAGCUGCAGAAGAAGAGCGGCAGAGGGCUAGGACUCAGCAUCGUCGGGAAGAGGAGCGGCAGCGGUGUGUUUAUCUCAGAGGUGGUCAGAGGGGGCGCUGCUGAGCUGGACGGUCGACUGAUGCAGGGAGAUCAGAUCCUGACGGUCAACGGAGACGACACAAGACACGCCUCCCAGGAAACUGUGGCUGCCAUACUGAAGUGUGCUCGGGGUCCGGUCCUGUUGGAGAUCGGUCGACUCAAAGCUGCAUCCUGGAUCUCAUCCAGACACAACUCACAGGGAAGUCAGUUGAGUCAUGUGAGUGGGAACUGCUCAGGUGUUGUGGCUCCACCCCUCACACAGACCCCGGCCUCACCUGACCCCCCCACCUCCGACCCCCCGACCACGACUUCUGCCGGGCCCCCACCACCCCUCAACAACAACGUGAAGUCGUCCCCUGAUGUCACUUCCUCCUCCGCCAACAGCACAGGGGCUGACACAGGCGUCCGAACAGUGGAGAUAACCAGGGGUGUCAGUGACUCCCUCGGGGUGAGUAUAGCCGGGGGGAAGGGCAGCCCGCUCGGUGACAUCCCCAUCUUCAUCGCCAUGAUUCAGGCCAACGGAGUCGCCGCCAAGACACAUCGACUCAAGGUCGGGGACAGGAUCGUCAGUAUUAACGGUCAGUCUGUGGAUGGUGUGACGCACAGCGAGGUCGUCGCCAUGUUGAAGAACAGCUAUGGAAACAUCAGCCUGCAGGUGGUAGCGGACACCAACAUCAGCGCCAUCGCCACUCAGGUGGAGAGUUUGUCGAGCAGCUCUGGUCUGUCGGCCAACACUGACACACACACCACAGAGCCAGAGGGUCCAAGGCCCCGCAGCAUCAGUCUGGAGAAAGGCUCUGAGGGACUCGGCUUCAGCAUCGUCGGGGGGUUCGGCAGUCCACACGGAGACCUGCCGAUCUACGUCAAGACCGUCUUCAGCAAGGGAGCGGCGGCGGUGGACGGGCGUCUGAAACGAGGCGAUCAGAUCCUGUCGGUGAACGGAGAGAGUCUGCAGGGAGCGACACACGAACAGGCCGUCGCCAUCUUGAAGAAACAGAGAGGAACUGUCACACUGGACGUCCUGUCAUAACACACACACACACACACACACCUGAAAAACACCUGCACAGCUCCUGUGACGAGUUCAGGUGCAUCACACACCCCCUGACUCUUAGAUCAAGAACUCUGAACUUCCCAACAUGCAAAAAAAAAAAAAAAAAAAGGAAACUGCAUCAGACAGUGCCAAGACACACACACACACACACGCAGUAAAACUACCUGCAGCAUGAUCAGCGUCACCACUUUAAUAUGUGUAACAGAGUUUCUCAACCUUGGGCUUGGGGGCCACAUGUGGGGUCACCUAAUGAGCAGAGGUGUUGAUGCUAUGUGUUAGCAUGCUAACAUUUGCUAAUUAGCAGCAAACACAAAAAGGGAAGUCAUGUUUUUUUUCUGGUGUUUGGUCAAGAAGCUAUAGAACCUCUACAGCUCUCCAUCCACACUUUUGGCAAAAUGAGACGUUUGAAUUUGUCAGAGAUAAAAAUGCACAUUUUUCACUUCUUUCUGACAUUUCAUGGAAGGAGGCAUUAAAAUACAGAAACAAACAAUAAAAUAUGGAGAUUUAAGAAAAAGGUGAUACCUGGAUCCGGCGUUACGAGUCAGAGAUGGUUGAGAGACUCUGUUACGAGACUUGCUUUGAUUCAGAAUCUCAUUUAAAACAAGAGUCUGUGGCAGUGAAGUCGUUUAAAUCCUGCACCGGUUAACAGACGGACUCAGAGGACGACAGGGACGAAGGUUUUAAUGGAGGAACUGUUUAUGAUCCAGAGGAAAAAAAGGGAAGCGUUGGUGACUGGACAGAGACGCGUUAGCUUAGCAUCUCCUCUGUGGUUAGCCAUUAGCCAUGGAGUCGCGGUUAUUGUACAAGUGGAAACUGAGACACUUCCUCAUCAACAUCUGCUGUCGUCAGAGCAAACAGCUGUUACAAACCCAGAGAAAACAACAAUUAUCCUCUCUGAUAUCACUAAUAAAUUCACUAAUUGUGUGGGGCCUUUAAACUGAUUUUUAAAGCUGCAGAUCUUCCUCUAACCUCUCACCGCACUGCGGUGAUGUCACAGUGUACUCCAGGUAAGCUGUGACAUCACAGUUUGGGCGUGGCCACAGAGGAUGGAGGAAGCACUGAGGUGUAAUUAAAUCUUAAACCAAACAGACAACACAACACUACAGUCCCCUCGUGACAAACUUCAGAGUUUAUCUUCACAUAUAUGUUAAACCAAAUCAAAUUAAGUCAGCUGUUUAAUUUAGCUUUUCAGCUCUUUAUUUAAGUGCCAUCAUUUAUAAAAUUAGCUGUUUUUUUAUUUCAGUUGUGAAUAUUUAAUUCCUCUCACAUAAAGAUAUUAAAGAUGAAAUUAAACUCAUGUUUUUCUUCCAUUUUUAUUCAGUAAUGAAUCCACACGACACAGAAAUGAACAUUAUAUAAAUAAACAUGAAACACUGAUGAGACUCUCAGGACUUGGUCGGCAUGGAGACGCCCUGUCGCUCCCGGCAACAGAUACAGUGUCUUCCACAUGAUUGUUAUCAUGGAGAGAAAUUAUCACGAAUAAUUAAAGAUUCUUUUUUAUCAUUUUUUAGAAGCAGGUGUGAAUAAAGACAACAAACUGACAUUUAGUGAAACCUUCUCGUUCUCUGAUAUUUAGCCUAGCUUAGCACAAACACUGGAAGCAAAGGGAAACUGUUAGCCUAACCCUCCAACAGCUCCAAGUCUGUCCAAGUGUUAACAGGAUUUUUAAUGAGUAAUUCACAGAUGAACAUUAAAAACAGCCCUGAAUUUUUGUUAUCUGCGUCCAUUACCAUGAAAGCGACUCCUGAAUUUUCAAUGAUAGAGAAUUUUUUGGCCUUUUUUUAUAAAAUAAAAUAACAGAUUUUAUUUAUGAGCUCAGUAAAAUUAAACCACACAGAAAACCCAGUAAAAAUAUCUUAAUUAACCCAUUCAUCAUCUGAAAACCCCAGAAAACACCAAAAUUAUGGCAUUAUUAAAGGACCAGUGUGUAAGGUUUACUGCCAUCUGAAUACCCACCCACUCCCUUUCCAAGCGUAUUGGAGAGUCUACAGUGGCCUUCAGGUGACAAAAUGGCAUCAACCCAGAAAUCAAAAGGUUCAGUUUUUCCGUUCUGGGCUACUGUAAAAACAUGGCGGGCUUCGUGGAAGAGGACCUGUUCGCUAUGUAGAUAACAGCUCACUCAAGGUUAAGGAAAACACGGUAAUAGUUUUAAGUGAUUAUUUUUAUUCCAUUUCUGCCAAUAGAUAAUUCCAGUAAAUGUUACACACUUGACAUUUAAUAAUUAGUUAAUUGAUCAGCAGAAAUUGUUUCGAUAUUCUAAAUUGUUUCAGUCGUUUUUUCAGACAGACUUUAAGCUGUUUAAGGUUUUUAACAGUUUCUUUUUGCUUCUUUACAUUUUGGCAGAAAUAUUCAGAUUCACUAAUCUCACAUAUUUGUCGUCAUUAUGUUUUUUUGUGUGUGUAUUUAUUGUACAAAACCUUCAGGUAGCAGGUUUCUCAUUUUCAGACAUGAAACUUUAAACCUGCUCAGAAACACUGGAUUUAUCUCAGACAGGGAACAGGAGGGUUUAUCAAACGUUCAGACUGUUGUUUUCAAUGUGAAGGUAACGUGUAUAAAGUUUAGUUUAAUACCACAGACACCUGAGUGAAAAAUUAACAUCGGCUGCAGACGUCAGUCUCGACAAUGAAGUGAGAACAGUUUGUUUCUGUUCUUUAAACAUAUCAAUCAACUGCAGAACACUUUAUGUUCUAGAUUCUUGUGUCAUAAUUAUUGUCUUAAUUUUUGGCUCUUUAUUUGUAGAUGAAAUGUAAUUUAUUUUUGAUUUUGCUGGAAAUUAACAGUGUUGUUGUUUUAUGAUGAUGAUGAUGAUGAUAUGUUUUGUGUGAACUGUCAGAAACCACAACAGAAAACCUGCAGCUGUGUCGAAGCUGUGGUCGCUCUUUAUUUUAUCUCAUUUAUUAAUAAUUUCCUCUUAACAACCGAGCGAUUUAAUUGGUCCAACCCAUAAAGAAAACAGAGAUAUCAUUUAGUUUAAUGUUAUUCAUCAACAGCUGCAUCUAGACUUAACACAAAUCCAAACUAAUCAGUGAUCGAUCGAAUGAUCAAUUCAAUCAAUAGUUUGAAUUUUCUUUUCUUUUCAUGCAGUAAAUGUACUUGUCUUAUAUCACCAGUCAACUUCACAGGAAACUAUUAAUAAAUUACUGGGAUGUACGAGGGCUGAUUGAUCAGUCUGUGUCCUGAGGUCAAAGGAGAUGAGUGAAACCGCUCAGGUUACAUGAACGUUGAGUUAUUAUGGACAAAGUUUGGUUUUGAAAAGUUGCUCCAAUCCAAAAGCAAUGUUGAUAUUUGUCGCCAGUUUUUUUUGUUCCCUAUCAUAAACUUUAUGUCUCUAAUCUCUGUGAAACUGUCUAAAUGUUGACCUGCAGGUUAAAGCUGAAGACUGUGACUGGACUUCGUCAGCUUCUAAAAAACUAAACAGACGUUUUGUUGUUGUUUUGACGAGAACAGACGAUCGGUCGGGUUCAGUUUGUGGUUUCUGACUUUUCACAGUCUGUGAUGUGUAGGUUUAUUUUUCUGCUCUGAUGUGAACUCACACAGUUAAUGUCCAACAUGUGGCUGCUGUAGCACUCUGUGCCAUCCAUCCAUCCAUCCAUCCAUCCAUCCAUCCAUCCAUCCCUCCAUCCAUCCAUCCUGUAGCACCUUUCAGAGCUUAGACCUGGUCCAGGAUGAUCAGACCUCUGUUGCUGAGUGGCUCAUAAACCUUGUUACGGCUCAUAAAUCAUGUUACAAGAGGUUGAAACUAUAAAUUCAGUGGACAUCAGUCAGAGUUUAGUGUCAUUUUAUAAUCCAGUCUGUGAUUCAAAGUCUUAUUCAGUCGUAUGAAAUAUUUACCAGACAAACACUGAUUCCUGUUGAACCUUUAGAAGAAAACAACAUUAAAGCCCUCACAUCUCAUUCUGACUGUAGAGUUAAAAUAUUCAAAUUAGUUAGGUUCAUUUGUUUGUUAUAUUAUUACAUGAUUUUAUUUAUGUUACAGUUUUUGCAUAUGACAAAGGUGCGUUUGUUUUCUACUCCAGAGCACCUGGUAACGUUUUGGACCAACAUGUUUUCUUUACAUAAACAUAAACCGACUUCUUUACUCAUCUUUAUUAUGUUUAUUUGUCUUAAAUCACACAGUGAAGUAGAAAACAUGAUAAAAAAAAUCCUUGGAGUGAGGUUUUAACUGAUUUCCUCACUUUUAUCUUUAUUGUAUUUUCUCCCAAAUUCCAGGAUAUUGUUUAACAAGUGAAACUACAACAUGUAUUGAACAUUGCACAGUAAGAAGACUGUGACUUUAUUCUUGAAGAAUAAAAUUGUCUUCACAAUUUUUCCCAAAUUUAAGUCUUGCUUCCUGAUCCUGUUUGGACCCAGGAUUUACAAAAAUACCCAGAGUUUCAUUCAUCUGAAUUCAUCUCUAGUCCACCAACAAUUGAACUGAGGCAAACUUAAGUUAUCAUGAAAUUAAAGAUGUUGUAGCAUUUCUUCUACAGUCAGAGACGAGCCUGAAACACUUUAACUUUUAAUCCUGUCAUUUUCAUCAUUUUUCUUCUGGUAUUUGACGUCAGGACCUCAGUGACGAACCUGUGUUCGUGUUCUGGAUCAGGUCUGAUCACAGCUGCAGUGCCAUGAAAAUAUCCAUCUCUUGUUUUCUGAUAGUGAAUGAUCUCAUCUUUCCUGUUGUUUCCUCGUGUUGCAGCCACAACACUAAAAUCCCUUUAAAGAAUCUUUAAACACCACAAA